CAUAACAACCAACCGAAACCGGACGCCUGCCCUGACAAGCAAACCUAUCCUCAAUAUCAUAACGAUUCUUCCUAACGCAUUUAUUUUUAGUUGCUUAUCACUGUUAAAGACCGCUCCUCGACCCCUGAAACCGAUAAAUCGCGUUCUAGAUAUAGUUCCGUCGUCCUCAAUUUCGUAAAGCAUAAGUAUCACCAAACAUGAAGAGCUCGGAACGCUUCAUUCUAUUUCUAUUCGCACUUUUCUGUGAUUCUUCCUUCGCGUGGAAGAGUUUCUUCCGGGGAAGAAGCAAACAUGGACUUGGAGAUCCGAAAUUAUCCAGAGAAUACCAACUACCUGGGGACAUGUGGUUCACCCAGAAUUUGGACCACUUUGAUCCCACGAAUAUGCAAGCAUGGCAACAGAGAUACUUUGUCAACGAUCAGUUCUACAAGAAAGGUGGUCCAGUGUUCCUCUUGAUCGGAGGGGAAGGAGACGCCAGCGCAAAGUGGAUGGUCGAAGGUCAAUGGAUCGAGUACGCUAAGCAGUAUGGAGCCAUCUGUUUCCAACUGGAGCAUCGCUUUUAUGGAAAAAGUCAUCCAACUCCGGAUUUGAGCGUAAAAAACCUUGUGUACUUGAGUUCCGAACAAGCCCUGGGAGAUUUAGCUUACUUCAUUGAGGGAAUGAGAUACAAACACCAGAUUCCUGCGGACACCAAGUGGAUUGCCUUCGGAGGGUCGUACCCAGGGUCUCUAGCUGCCUGGGCUCGUGCCAAAUACCCUCACCUGAUUCACGGUGCUGUCUCCACCAGCGGCCCUCUCCUAGCUCAACUCGAUUUCCAACAGUACUACGUCGUCGUCGAGCAGGCCCUCAGGACCCAUUCUCAGGCAUGUGUCGACGCCAUUACCAAUGCCACUCAACAGAUCCACGUGAUGCUCAGGCACAGAAUUGGGCAGAUGAAUCUCAGCCAGAAGUUUAAGCUUUGCGAUCAGAUUGACCCAUCCAACACUAAGAAGAAUGAUAUCUCGAAUCUGUACGAGAAUCUUGCCAGUAAUUUUGCUGAAGUCGUUCAGUACAAUAAAGAUAACAGGGACAAUUCCAAGUUUGGGAACAUCACUAUUGACACUGUCUGUAAUAUUCUGGUGGAUCAGAAACCAGGACUCGCUGUGGAUAGACUGGCAGAGGUCAGCAAUAUGAUGCUGAAUGCCAGUGGUGAUAAAUGCUUUGAUUAUUUGUACAGUAAGAUGCUGGAUGAGAUGAGAAAUGUCUCCUGGAAGGCUGAGAUGUCCGAGGGUGGACGCCAAUGGACUUAUCAGACUUGCACUGAAUUCGGGUUCUUCCAGACCUCAACUGCUAAGCCGAUGUUAUUUAGUGAAACUUUCCCAGUGGAGUUCUUCGUGCAGCAGUGCAGUGAUAUAUUCGGACCGAGGUACAACAUUCACCUGUUAGGGAAUGCUGUAGAGCGAACGAACACUUUGUACGGUGGUCUCCACCUAGAGGUGACAAACGUCGUCUACGUUCAUGGUUCCAUUGAUCCCUGGCACGCCCUUGGUAUCACGAAAUCGUCAAAUCCAAAUACUCCAGCGUUCUAUAUCAAUGGUACUGCUCACUGUGCAAACAUGUACCCAGCCUCCGAGCACGAUAUUCCCGAGCUAGUCGAGGUUCGCAAGAAAGUGGGCAACAUCAUAGGUCAGUGGUUGAGUUAAAAAUAAGCAUCCCAAAGUUUCUUUUUGUACUUGUUAUUACUUAUGUUGAAUCUCAAAGAUGAUAGUUACAAAAUAAAAUAAUGAUAAAAACUGAG